CUUUCCAUCACCUCGUCCCAUUCUCCCUCUUUCCAUCACCCCGCCCCCAUUCUCCCGCUUUCCAUCACCCCGCCCGAUUCUCCCGCUUUCCAUCACCCCGCCCCAUUCUCCCGCUUUCCAUCACCCCGCCCCAUUCUCCCGCUUUUCAUCACCCCGCCCCAUUCUCCCGCUUUCCGUUACCCCGCCCCAUUCUCCCACUUUCCAUCACCCCGCCCAAUUCUCCCGCUUUCCAUCACCACGCCUGAUUCUCCCGCUUUCCAUCACCCCGCCCCCAUUCUUCCGCUUCCAUCACCCCGCCCCAUUCUCCCGCUUUCCAUCACCCCGCCCCAUUCUCCCUUCUUCCAUCACCUCGUCCCAUUCUCCCUCCUUCCAUCACCCCGCCCCAUUCUCCUGCUUUCCAUCAUCACGCCCCAUUCUUCCGCAUUUCAUCACCCAGCCCCAUUCUCCCGCUUUCCAUCACCCCGCCCCAUUUUCCCGCUUUCCGUCACCCCGCCCCAUUCUCCCGCUAUCCAUCACCCCGCCCCAUUCCCCCACUUUCCAUCACCCCGCCCCAUUCUCCCGCUUUCCAUCACCCCGCCCCAUUCUCCCGCUUUCCAUCACCCCGCCCCAUUCUCCCGCUUUCCAUCACCCCUCCCCAUUCUCCUGCUUUCCAUCACCCUGCCCCAUUCUCCCUCCUUCCAUGACCCCGCCCCAUUCUCCCUCCUUCCAUUACCCCGCCCCAUUCUCCCGCUUUCCAUCACCCCGCCCCAUUCUCCCGCUUUCCAUCACCCCGUCCCAUUCUCCCGCUUUCCAUCACCACGCCCCAUUCUCCAGCUUUCCAUCACCCCGUCCCAUUCUCCCUCUUUCCAUCACCCCGCCCCAUUCUCCCGCUUUCCAUCACCCCGCCCGAUUCUCCCGCUUUCCAUCACCCCGCCCCAUUCUCCCGCUUUCCAUAUCCCCGCCCCAUUCUCCCGCUUUUCAUCACCCCGCCCCAUUCUCCCGCUUUCCGUUACCCCGCCCCAUUCUCCCGCUUUCCAUCACCCCGCCCCAUUCUCCCUCUUUCCAUCACCCCGCCCCAUUCUCCCGCUUUCCAUCACCCCGCCCCAUUCUCCCGCUUUCCAUCACCCCGCCCCAUUCUCCCGCUCUCCAUCACCUUGCCCCAUUCUCCCGCUUUCCAUCAUCCCGCCCCAUUCUCCCGCUUUCAAUCAUCCCGCCCCAUUCUCCCUCCUCCCAUCACGUCACCCCAUUCUCCCGCUUUCCAUCACCCCGCCUCAUUCUCCCGCUUUCCAUCACCCCGCCCCAUUCUCCCGCUUUCCAUCACCCCGCCCCAUUCUCCGGCUUUCCAUCACCCCGCCCCAUUCUCCCGCUUUCCAUCACCCCACCCCAUUCUCCCGCUUUCCAUCACCCCGCCCCAUUCUCCCGCUUUUCAUCACCCCACCCCAUUCUCCCGCUUCCCAUCACCCCGCCCCGUUCUCCCUCUUCCCAUCACUCCACCCCAUUCUCCCACUUUCGAUCACCCCGCCCAAUUCUCCCGCUUUCCAUCACCCCGCCUCAUUCUCUCGCUUUCCAUCACCUCGCCCCAUUCUCCUGCUUUCCAUCACCCCGCCCCAUUCUCCCUUUUUCCAUCACCCCGCCCCAUUCUCCUGCUUUCCAUCACCCCGCCCCAUUCUCCCUCUUUCCAUCACCCCGCCCCAUUCUCCCGCUUUCCAUCACCCCGCCCCAUUCUCCCGCUUUCCAUCACCCCGCCCCAUUCUCCCGCUUUCCAUCACCCCGCCCCAUUCUCCCGCUUUCCAUCACCCCGCCCCAUUCUCCCGCUUUCCAUCACCCCGCCCCAUUCUCCCGCUUUCCAUCACCCCGCCCCAUUCUCCCACUUUCCAUCACCCCGCCCCAUUCUCCUGCUUUCCAUCACCUUGCCCCAUUCUCCCUCUUUCCAUCACCCCACCCCAUUCUCCUGCUUUCCAUCACCCCGCCCCAUUCUCCCUCUUUCCAUCACCCCGCCCCAUUCUCCCGCUUUCCAUCACCCCGCCCCAUUCUCCCGCUUUCCAUCACCCCGCCCCAUUCUCCCGCUUUCCAUCACCCCGCCCCAUUCUCCCUCUUUCCAUCACCCCGCCCCAUUCUCCCUCUUUCCAUCACCCCGCCCCAUUCUCCCGCUUUCCAUCACCCCGCCCCAUUCUCCCGCUUUCCAUCACCCCGCCCUAUUCUCCCGCUUUCCGUCACCCCGCCCCAUUCUCGCGCUUUCCAUCACCCCGCCCCAUUCUCCCACAUUCCAUCACCCUGCCCCAUUCUCCCGCUUUCCAUCACCCCGCCCCAUUCUCCCGCUCUCCAUCACCCCGCCCCAUUCUCCCGCUCUCUAUCACCUUGCCCCAUUCUCCCGCUUUCCAUCAUCCCGCCCCAUUCUCCCGUUUUCCAUCAUCCCGCCCCAUUCUCCCUCCUCCCAUCACGUCGCCCCAUUCUCCCGCUUUCCAUCACCCCGCCUCAUUCUCCCGCUUUCCAUCACCCCGCCCCAUUCUCCCGCUUUCCAUCACCCCGACCCAUUCUCCCGCUUUCCAUCACCCUGCCUCAUUCUCCCGCUUUCCAUCACCCCGCCCCAUUCUCCCGCUUUCCAUCACCCCGCCCCAUUCUCCCGCUUUCCAUCACCCCGCCCCAUUCUCCCUCCUUCCAUCACCCUGCCCCAUUCUCCCUCCUUCCAUCACCCCGGCCCAUUCUCCCGCUUUCCAUCACCCCGCCCCAUUCUCCUGCUUUCCAUCACCCUGCCCCAUUCUCCCGCUUUCUAUCACCCCGCCCCAUUCUCCCUCCUUCCAUCACCCCGCCCCAUUCUCCCUCCUUCCAUCACCCCACCCCAUUCUCCUGCUUUCCAUCACCCCGCCCUAUUCUUCCGCAUUCCAUCACCCAGCCCCAUUCUCCCGCUUUCCAUCACCUCGCCCCAUUUUCCUGCUUUCCCCCCAUUCUCCCGCUUUCCAUCACCCCGCCCCAUUUUCCCGCUUUCCGUCACCCCGCCCCAUUCUCCCGCUAUCCAUCACCCCGCCCCAUUCCCCCACUUUCCAUCACCCCGCCCCAUUCUCCCGCUUUCCAUCACCCCGCCCCAUUCUCCCGCUUUCCAUCACCCCGCCCCAUUCUCCCGCUUUCCAUCACCCCUCCCCAUUCUCCUGCUUUCCAUCACCCUGCCCCAUUCUCCCUCCUUCCAUGACCCCGCCCCAUUCUCCCUCCUUCCAUUACCCCGCCCCAUUCUCCCGCUUUCCAUCACCCCGCCCCAUUCUCCCGCUUUCCAUCACCCCGUCCCAUUCUCCCGCUUUCCAUCACCACGCCCCAUUCUUCAGCUUUCCAUCACCCCGUCCCAUUCUCCCUCUUUCCAUCACCCUGCCCCAUUCUCCCGCUUUCCAUCACCCCGCCCGAUUCUCCCGCUUUCCAUCACCCCGCCCCAUUCUCCCGCUAUCCAUCACUCCGCCCCAUUCUCCCGCUUUCCAUCACCCCGCCCCAUUCUCCCGCUUUCCAUCACCCCGCACCAUUCUCCGCUUUCCAUCACCCCGCCCCAUUCCCCCUCCUUCCAUCACCCCGCCCCAUUCUCCCGCUUUCCAUCACCCCGCCCAAUUCUCCCGCUUUCCAUCACCACGCCUUAUUCUCCCGCUUUCCAUCACCCCGCCCCAUUCUCCUGCUUUCCAUCACCCCGCCCCAUUCUCCCGCUUUCCAUCACCCCGCCCCAUUCUCCCUUCUUCCAUCACCUCGCCCCAUUCUCCCUCCUUCCAUCACCCCGCCCCAUUCUCCUGCUUUCCAUCACCCCGCCCCAUUCUUCCGCAUUUCAUCACCCAGCCCCAUUCUCCCGCUUUCCAUCACCCCGCCCCAUUUUCCCGCUUUCCGUCACCCCACCCCAUUCUCCCGCCAUCCAUCACCCCGCCCUAUUCCCCCACUUUCCAUCACCCCGCCCCAUUCUCCCGCUUUCCAUCACCCCGCCCCAUUCUCCCGCUUUCCAUCACCCCGCCCCAUUCUCCCGCUUUCCAUCACCCCUCCCCAUUCUCCUGCUUUCCAUCACCCUGCCCCAUUCUCCCUCCUUCCAUGACCCCGCCCCAUUCUCCCUCCUUCCAUGACCCCGCCCCAUUCUCCCGCUUUCCAUCACCCCGCCCCAUUCUCCCGCUUUCCAUCACCCCGUCCCAUUCUCCAGCUUUCCAUCACCCCGUCCCAUUCUCCCUCUUUCCAUCACCCUGCCCCAUUCUCCCGCUUUCCAUCACCCCGCCCGAUUCUCCCGCUUUCCAUCACCCCGCCCCAUUCUCCCGCUUUCCAUCACCUCGCCCCAUUCUCCCGCUUUCCAUCACCCCGCCCCAUUCUCCCGCUUUACAUCACCCGCUCCAUUCUCACGCUUUCCAUCACCCCGCCCCAUUCUCCCGCUUGCCAUCACCCCGCCCCAUUCUCCCGCUUUCCAUCACCCCGCCCCAUUCUCCCGCUUUCCAUCAACCCGUCCCAUUCUCCCGCUUUCCAUCACCCCUCCCCAUUCUCCCUCCUUCCAUCACCCCGCCCCAUCCUACCGCUUUCCAUCACACCGCCCUAUUCUCACGCUUUCCAUCACCCCGCCCCAUUCACUUGCUUUCCAUCACCCCGCCCCAUUCUCUCUCCUUCCAUCACCCCGCCCCAUUCUCCCUCCUUCCAUAA